GACACGGAAAAUGCAGACAUUUUGAAUUUUUCUCGCAAAGCAUAUUAUAGUCAGGGUAGCCUUUCGAUAUCGACAUCUUUGUUUUCACCUUUUUGCUCUAAUUUUCAUUAUUUGAUCACCUAAAAUUACUUUAAAUAUGGCUGUUGACGUUUUACCACCAAGCUUCAGCAAUAACCACAAUGAAAGUAAACUUUUUCUUGGAGGCUUAAGCUGGGAUACUUCUGAAGAGGACAUUCUCAAUUACUUCAACAAAUUUGGCCAAAUUCUCGAUGUCACUAUUAAAUAUGACCCAGUUUCUGGUCAUCCUCGAGGUUUUGGUUUCAUCACUUUUGUUUCAAGUGACUGCAUUGACAAUGUCUUGAGAAAUGGUCCACACACUCUCAAAAAUAAACUCAUUGAUCCUAAACGAGCUAAAUCACGACCAAUCAGUAAGAAGGUUUUUGUUGGAGGCAUUGAUGCUAACACUUCUGAGUCUGAAAUUCGACGUCAUUUCAACAAAUUUGGUAAAAUCGAAGGAAUUGAGUUACCUUAUGAUAGGCAACGUGGUAAGAGACGUGAAUUUUGUUUCAUCAUUUUUGAGAAUGAAGAAGCCGCCGAUGUUGCCGUUAAGGAAUCUAAGCAAACAAUCGAUGGUCGAGAAUGUGAUGUAAAAAAAGCUCAGCCCCAACCAGUUGCUCAGCAACAGAAGCGAAUGCAACAAACGCAAGCCCAAGUGGCCGCAAACUACGCUAACGGAAUGUUUGCUUACGGUUAUGAAGAAUAUGCCUGGCCUGAUCCAUCCGCUGCUGCUAUGGGUGCUGGAACAAGUGGUAUGCACGAUGUGCGCAAAAAGAAAAAGAGUAACAAUGGAAACUUGCAUGGUGUCGAACCUGCUUGGAACUACUAUAUGUGAUCCUCUCUUCCCUCAAAAUGCUAAAUAUAUAGCCCAUUUCACAUGCAAAAAAUCGUUGGUGAACUCCGAAACUGAAAAAAACUUAUCUAUCCCGAUAUUGAAAAAAAACUUAUCUAUCCUGAUAUAAACAUUCAUUUUUUUAUAUAA